GGGCCCUCGCCGGAGGAGUACGGGCUGAGGGCCUCCUCGCUUCUGGAGCUGGACGAGCUGCCGAUCCCUGGGCUCCAGGAGUCGCCCGACCGGGCCCUCGACCCGCGGCCGCACGAGCUCAACACGACCCUCCUCCGGGCCAAGCUCGGUAAGAACUUCGACCCCCACCUCAUGUCCAUCUUCCGGCCCAAGGACCUCUACGACGCCGCCGCCGCCGCCGCCGACGCCGAGGACCCUGACGACGCCGACUACACCAACGAGAUCACGCCGAGCCGGAACCGCACCACUGCCCCGGCCCCCGCUCCCGGGUUCCGCCGCAACAAGCACGGACGCCUCAUACCGCUCGGCACCAUGCCGCAGUUCAUCCGCGAUAUGGAUUUCAGGUUCGUCUACUUGCCGGACGGGACGAAGGUGAAGACGAAGAUCAGCUCGAAGCUGAAGAAGAAGAUCCAGCAGUUCCUGUGGUCGGCGACCGGGUGUCCGGUCGUCUACCGGUGGCGGGACUUGGGUUCCCGCUUCUGGCCGCGCUGGCUCAAGGAGGGCCUCUGCUCGGGGAGCUGCUCCAUCCCUGCAGGGAUGCGCUGCCGCCCCUCCACCAGCGCCAGGAAGACCCUCCUCCGCUUCCACUGUCGCAACGCCACCCCCGCGCACAGACACUGCCACUGGAUCAAGAUCGAGUACCCGGUCAUCUCCAAGUGCGCAUGCGCCUGCCCCGGCCUCUCUUAUUCCUAAUGUAAAUAUCUCUUGUAUCAAAUUGUACAGAUUCGAAGAAUCACGAGGUGACUUGUGACGUCACUAAAAAACAUAAUAAGUUCCACGGAAAGAAAUUACAUGUUGAUUUAGCAUUUAUACUGUUAAAAAGAUGUCCGACAAGUUUCAAAUGCUGAUUUUACAUUUUAACAAAU